GUCAUUUCAGCACUACUCACUGCUGUACUUCCCUGAGUUGGGUUCACCUCCGCAUCUGAACAUAGACAGCUGGACUCCCACCACGUUGGACUGAAACUAUGAUGGAUUAAGCUACUUUAAGAGCGGGAUUUAUGUGGAGAAAGUUUUACAAUGUUUUGAGUUAAUUAUUGCAACAUUAACAGCAUUUCUUUAGUUAAUGCGUAAUGCAUUUCGCGUUAAAGCCUUCGUGCGCUUUGCUGUUGUUUUUUGGUGAUAGAGUGUUCAUGUAAUUUUCAUAACUUCUGCGGAUUUGUGGUGCUGUGCUUAAGAGCUAUGCUUUCAGUUGAAUAGCUUUGUCUUCGGUUUUCUGAAAAGUAGUGGUAUGCCAGGUCCCUCAUAUUGCCUGUUUGUCACGAAUUUAUUUGGAGACGCGUCGCCAAUGUGGUCUUAACAAGGGCUAGCUUUUUUUUAUCAGAAGUAGACACCUGUUAGUCCUCACCAGCUGUCGGAAUGAUCACUCUCUUAAUAGGAAUUGUAUACGUUUAUGCGUUCGGUAAAGGGCAGGUCGCUCUCGCGAACGUUACAAAGGGCAACCGCUUUGUCUGCACCGCUGUGCCCGCGGGGGCUGAUCUCAGCUGCCCCGUGUCCGCAACCAACCGAGUGCAGAGCGCAAGUGCUCAGGAAGAGGAAUUGAGGAAUACCAUUGUCCAACUACGGGAAACCAUUUUGCAGCAGAAAGAGACUAUCGUCAGCCAGCAGGGAACCAUAAAGGAGCUCAAUGCCAAACUUUCACGAUGUGAGGCUCAGACUCAAGAUUCCCCGCGAGAGGGCAAAGGAAGGGGCCAAGGGUCGAGGCGCAAGGACUUCAAUAAGAAUACAAUGGGGGACCUUCCGCGUGAUCCUACUGAGACCAUAGAGCAACUUGGGAAGACCAUGCAAACGCUGAAAGAUCGCCUUCAGAACUUAGAGCAACAGCAGCAACUGCGCAUCAACGCCUCAGGUGCAACCUUUCCAAAUGAGCUGCGCGACCUUCUCAGGCGCCGGCUGAGCGAUUUAGAGAACCAGCUGCUGACUAAAGUGGCCGAGCUGGAGGAGGAGAAGGCGCAGCUAUACAACGAGACGGCUGCCCACCGGCAGCGUACCGAGAGCACGCUCAACUCCUUAUUGGAACGGAUUGCAGAGCUGGAGAGAAGUAACAGCGCUUUCAAGUCUCCGGAGGACUUCAAAGUGUCUCUGCCCCUUCGCACCAACUACCUGUACGGACGCAUCAAGAAGAGUCUGCCGGAGAUGUACGCCUUCACCGUCUGCAUGUGGCUCAAGUCCAGUGCCCGGCCAGGCAUCGGCACCCCCUUUUCCUACGGGGUCCCUGGCCAGGCCAACGAGAUUGUUCUCAUCGAGUGGGGCAACAAUCCCAUUGAGCUGCUCGUCAAUGACAAGGUGGCCCAGCUUCCCCUCUCCAUCAGCGACGGGAGGUGGCACCACAUUUGCAUCACCUGGACAACCAGAGACGGCUUCUGGGAGGCCUAUCAGGACGGCGAGCGGCUGGGUGCCGGAGAUAACCUGGCCCCCUGGCACCCAAUUAAGCCUGGCGGAGUGAUCAUCCUGGGCCAGGAGCAGGACAUUGUAGGAGGAAGAUUUGAUGCAACUCAGGCCUUUGUGGGAGAGCUGAGCCACUUCAACAUGUGGGAUCGUGUCCUGCGGCCAGUGGACAUCUCUGGCAUGGCCAACUGCUCCUCCUACAUGCCUGGCAACGUGGUGCCCUGGGUGGACGCUAACGUGGAGGUGUUUGGUGGUGCCACCAAGGCCGCCCUGGAGAUAUGCGAGGAUCGCCUGUUUGAUUCUUAAGGGGGCAAGUCUGCACUAUUUUUUGUCGUUGUUAUUUUGUUUGUUUGUUAAUUUUGAGGUCUUUCGUGCUGACUUCACCUUCUCUGUGCUGCUUUUCACACUUUCUUACUUGGGAGAAAGGGUGACUCGUGCUCCAGAGUAUUCACUGUGUUCUUUCUGAAAACAUGAAACAAGGCAACAUUCUCUGCUCUUUUUCUUGUCUUUUGUCCUUUUGUCCGUGUUAGCAGAUGUGAUGAAUGGCAAUCUAAAGCUGCUCAUUUGAAGUAAACUUUCUCUUCUGUCACCAGUUGGUUAGAUAUGCUUCUUCUGUGGCUCACGGUAAAAGAAAAAAAUAUUAGAAAGCUGUUUACAAUUGUGCAAUUUAUUUUUUUAUAUGCUUACAUUUUAACAUAUAUAUACUUAUCACAGAGGAUUUUAGCAUAUUGUGGACAAUCCAGAUUGAAAUGCAUGGAAUUAUAAACGUUACUGUCAUGUGGUGUAUGUCUAGUCUGGCAUUGUGAUCAGGCUCUAGUGUGUGCUGAGCUGUGUCUGAGGGUCAUAAAGAUGUCUGCCAAGCACCUCUACCCACUCACCAUUUGUAAUUACCAUGAACACCAUUGUCUCUAUGCGACCCCAUCGUAUGUGUGGGUGCAUGUAUGUGUACGCAGAGGUGUAUGAGCUGUCUUGCGUGUAAAAGGCUUCAGAUUAGUGGAGGGAACAUCCACAUUCUUGUAAAUCUACGCUAAUACAGCUUCCUCUUGAGCAGCUGCCAUCCUGAGCUGAUUUUCGUGGGGCUCGGCCCGGUGAGGUUAAAAGCAAAGCCGCAAAAGCUGCCAGGAACUGGCGGGAAUUCAGCCUGGGCUAAACGUCAGCAGGCCCACGUGUGUGUAUGCAUGUGUUUGUGUGCGCAGUUGGAAGUGGACCUGCUUAAGGGACCCUUCAUUUAUGAGUCCAUGACCCUUAACUUAUCUCUCAAAGAAGUUACAUUAUGAAGACCAAAAAACGGUUGGUGAAGGCUUUUAGUCUUGGACUGGGACCGGGCAAAACGCCAGUCAAGAACAACGCCAAUGAAACAUGCCGUGCUGUACUGGCAUGCGAAGAGACUGGUGAGAGAAAUGAUGUGUGUUAUAUAAAUUCCACGUUUUUGGGACGUGACUCAUAAUUCAUCCAGGGUUAUCCCCCCAACCUGAUGAGCCUUCGACAGAGCAAUCGUGUGCUGGGAAAAGAUGAGGAGGGUUGGAGGGUGAGGGAGAAAGUUAAGACCAGGAAUUUCUAGUUCAAUAUUAUCACCGUUUCUAAUGAAACGGUGAUAAUAUUGAGGGCAUUCAUGAUUAUGUCAGAAGGGGAUACUUAUUCUGCUCAAGACUAGUUUGCAGUCAGUUUAUUUCAUGAAACAUUAUGAAAUCCAAAAUGUUUUGGUAUUGCUGUGCAGUGUGUACAUAUGUGAUAAAAUGUGAAUUUACCUUUUGCUUCAAAUAUUUUUGUUUUCUUAUUAUUGCUUUUUUGAUGCCCUACUGAUAACACCGCAAUGCCUGUCAAUCUUACACAUACUGUGUUGGACUGUGAAUUGACCAAGGAAUUCUGGGAGAAAAGGGAACUCUUGAUAUAUCAUUAUUAUUUAAUGUAAGAUAAGGACUAUAUUUUUUAUGAUUUAACUAUGUAUGGUAAAUUCAUUAUUUCUAAAUGUGCACUGUAUCAGUCCAUGAGCUAUUGCUGACUCACUGGUGCAGUUGUCUAAUAGCUGUCUUUUAGAUGGGCCUUCAUGCACUUUGGCCCCACCUGGAAUGUUGCAGAGAUGUACACUAUAAAUUAUUGACCGAUCACUUCAGACAUCUGAAUGUUGUUGUUGCAUUGUCUAUAAAUAUUUCAUAAAUAAAAUGUAGGGAAAGAAAACACAGCACUAGCUCUAAAAUGUGUGUUAACUUUUCUACACUCAUAAGACAGUGACUUUUUGAGAAUCUGUCAUGUACGUACUUCUCAUUUUGUAUCAGAAUGUAAGAGAUUACUCACAAUCAUAAAUGAUAUGUUUCAAUGGCCUUUUUCUUUUGGAGCACCAAAUGUGCUUUGUGGGUUUGCCCAGGGAUCAGACCUCAUAUUGUGAUGCUAUCAGCGCAGUGAGAAAUAGGAGAGGAAGCUGGAGCGAAAGAGGAAUUUAAAAAUUUAUUUGCUGUCAUUCCUUCUUUCUGUCCCCCCAAAACGAUGUACUCUAUGCUUUUCAAUGUUGAGGUGUGGAUGAAUGCCCUUUUGCACCCAAUAAAUGAAUGUUUCAUAAUUCA